AUGCGGCUCGGGUUACUCCCCGGAAAUUCUUCUCCGUGUUCGCGCGCUCGAAUCACGAUGCCCGCCGCGAGCAACAGCGCUCUGUCCGCGAGGAUCAAGGCGCACCUGCGGGAGCGCGGCGUCUUUGACGAGCUGCGUGCUCUUCUUGUGGCGGACGGACUCGGCUGUGACGUGUCACCCGGCUCGGUGGAGUCGGCGGCGCUGGGAGCGCUGUCGGACGGUUCGCCUGCUCUCGCUGUGGGUGGCGGCGGCUACCAGCUGCAAGUGCGCCUGUUCGGCGGCCGCGCCUUUGAGGAGGGCGGCGGCCGCCUGCGCGUCUGCGUGCAAAUGGGCGGGGAGCGCUUCACGACCGCGCGAGUGGCGGCGGUGGCGGAGCCUGCCUUGUCCGGCCGGUUCGUCUUCUCUCUGCCGGCGGAGGCCGAGGCGCUGCUGACGUGGCGCGAGCCGCUCUACCUGCUGGCGGCGGAGCUGGACGCCGAGCGCCGCUUCUUCAGCUACGCGAAGGCGCGGUGGUCCGACUACCUGUUUGCCCUGAGCGAGCUUGGCGUGCAGCGGCCAGUGACGUGCUUCGUGCGGCCGCUCGACUCCGGCCGGCUGCUGGAGAGCGCGGCGCAGGCUGCGCACUUUGUCUCUCUGCUGCGGUGGGAGAGGGCGAUGCCGGUUGGAGGGACGGACUCGAUGGGCGCGACGCUGGCGAGGCGUGCCGGCGAGGCGGAGGAGCUCGCGGUGCUGCUUUGCUCGCUGCUGCUCGGCCUCCGGCUGGACGGCCUUCACAGCAGCCGCCGCGAGCUCUGCUUCGGGCUGGAGGCGUACGUCGCCGUGGGCAAGGACGAGGCGGGGCCGCGCGUCUGGGUGAUGAGCGCCGCAGAGCAGGGCAGCUUCACCUUUUGGGACCCGGCCUCGGGCGCGAGGUAUCACCACGCGCCGUGCUCGCCCGCCGCCUCUCCCUACCUGUCCAUCGGCUGCGCGUUCAACCACGAGUCCUUCUACGCCAACCUUCAGGAGGACGACGCCCUCUCCUCCUCCUCCCUUGCCCUCGGGGAGCCGCUGCUCUGGAGAGCGAUCGACCCUGCGCUGUUGCGGCGCCUCACGCCGCUACCGGCGCCGCGGCUGACGGCCCCGGCGUCGCAGGACGGCAGGGUCGGCCGGGAGGUUGCGUUGGAGGCGCAGUUGCGCCGGAGGCUGGAGGCGCACCGCGCGUCGCUCGGCCUCGCGACCUCUUGGGACACCGCCCUCGAGUCAACCCUCGGCCCGGCUCUCCACUCGUACGAGCUGGAGGCGCAGUGCGGCGCCACACUUGGCGCACCGGAGUUCAAGCUCGCCGUCAAGCGCUGCACGCCGACCGGGCACACCUUCCGCGGCUACCCCGCCCACUUUACGCACGCGAGACCCGCCGCGAUGGCGCGCCACCUCGCCACCGCCGCCGGGGCUGCCGGCGUGCUGCAGUGCAAGGCGCCGCGCGCCAGGCUUGCGCUGCGGCUGCGCACCUUUGCCUACCCCGACGGAGUCACCUCGGCGUGGCUCCUCCUCGCCUGCAGCGCCGCGCUCGAGUAGGAGGGCUGAGAUGCGGCAGCGGAAAGGGCGCGUUUCCUUGGCGAUGCUCCCCUCGCAGGCCACGGCAUGACAUCUGCACCGGUGCUCUCCGGAGCGCUAAGGGUAGUUUCCCUGCCUGCUCUCCGCAGUCCGCCAUGCCACCUCCCCUGGUGGAGUCAGAUCUCUCUGCUCAGUAGUCUGGAGGUGAGUCAAUCCUCCUACCGUUGCAUUUGUGGGGACGUCGGCCAACGCUCGGCUCUGAGGGCCCCGGUUUAGUGUGGAGCUUCUCUGUGAGGACUCUGUCCGACUCUGUCAGGACUCAUGUCAAGACUCUGUCAAGACUGUCUCUGUCAGUCAGGACUGUCCGGACACGGCGGGGAGCUUCACGGCAGGUAGGUUGGUAAGGUAAGGUAAGGU